UGCGUCAUAGUGCCGCAAAACCAACGUGGAAUUCCAAUACGUGAAGAAGAAGAAGCGGAUGUCUGAUUGACUGUUUCCAAGGAGACCGCCGAUACUGCUGUAUACGCUGGGCUGCUGGUAAAGGCUGAGGGUCAAAGAACGUCAAGAUGUCUUUUUUAUUCGACUGGAUCUACAAGGGCUUUAGUAGUGUUUUACAGUUCUUAGGUCUGUACAAAAAGUCUGGGAAGCUGGUUUUCCUGGGCCUGGACAAUGCCGGUAAAACGACGCUCCUACACAUGUUAAAAGAUGACCGACUUGGCCAACAUGUGCCGACGCUGCAUCCAACUUCAGAAGAGCUCUCAAUUGGUGGAAUGACAUUUACUACAUUUGAUCUGGGGGGUCAUGUACAAGCUCGGCGAGUGUGGAAGAACUACCUCCCGGCUGUGAAUGGAGUCGUCUUCCUUGUGGACUGUGCGGACCACGACAGACUCUCCGAAUCCAAGACUGAACUGGAUGCUCUCUUAGGGGACGAGACCAUAGCCAAUGUACCAGUGUUGGUGUUGGGCAAUAAAAUUGACCGCGCUGAGGCCAUCAGCGAAGGAGGGCUCAGAGGAGCUUUUGCUCUCGACACUCAAGUUACCGGAAAGGGAAAUGUCUCUUUAAAGGAUCUGAACGGCCGGCCGCUGGAGAUUUUCAUGUGCAGCGUGUUGAAAAAACAAGGCUACGGUGAAGGGUUCCGAUGGUUAUCUCAGUACAUCGACUGACACGCCUGGAGCUUAACCAGAAGGGAUUUUCUUGACACAUCUUCACGAGAGCAUGGCAAAGACUCUUUGCCCCCUUUGCCAGUGUCAGUCAGCCCAAAUUUCGGAAUGCAACAGCGUAUCAAGAGCAUAUUCUUUAAAAUACUUUAUUUGGGAUUUGAAGGUUUCUAUGCAAACUUUUAAAGUGGUUCAUAGUGAACUGGCCCGCCUGGGUGAUUAAUGUGGGAAUUAAUUCAGUUGUCUAAUUCCGUGCUAUGUAAGGUUACAUCAUACCUAAUUACAAUACACAGGCAGACAUGCAUUAUGCAAGAAUGUAGACGCACAUACAUCAAUGUUGCAUUAUUUAAUAUGGAAUAGACCAACUGUUGUAGUUGUCUUCAUUAGGGAAGCACGUGAUGGAAAUUAAGAACUCUUGAGGGAUUGGGUUGGGUAGUUUCAUGUACGUCUGAUGUGAUAUUACAAUAUAUAACUAAAUACAGAAGAUUCAUUUGAGUUAGUUUAAUCUAAUGAUACUGAGCCACUGCCUUCAAAGCGUGUAGCCAAAGAUGUAUGCUAAUCACUUUGGGUUUAGCUGGAAGAGAGAUUGGACUUCAACAAAAGAUAUCUUCCAUGCUGAGCACUGAGCCAACACAACAUCGAAUCCCCUCUCGAAAGCAAACGCGCAGAUGAGACGGCACGUCCCACUAAUAACGGUGACGGGGAUGAGUAAACCGAGUGAAACGAAACAGCUCACUGAUGGGCAGGUUGCGAAUCAUUGGCUUAUCAAGUUCAGUGUCUCGACAGAAUUGGCAUGUUUAUUUUUGCACAUUUUUGUAUACACGUGUCGAACCAAAGUGACGUUACAGUUGCGUUGAAGGCAGCUAUUUCCAAGAGUGUUGGACUGAAAUACGUCUUAUCUUUGGCUUUGGGCUGUCAGUACAGAACUCCUCGAUAAGAUGUCCAUACGGAACUUUCAUGACGUUCAAUGGCUGCCCUUGCUUUAUUAUAUCAAUGUUGUAGUAAGUAAUUGUCCUUAAAAUGUUGGUAAGCAAUAAAAUAGAAUAACCAACUGACAAUCUUACUCCUCUAUCUGAGAGUAAGAUGGAUUUCUGCAGUUCUGAGCCUGUUCAUUUAACCUUUUUCGUUAUUUAAUCUAAAAGCAUCUAUAGCCUGAACAAUCAAUGUGCAUGUAAUCAGCAUGCAGGCUGUGAAACAGGGUUAAAGCGCUGCAGGUUCUGCACUUUUUGAGUAUUUGAAAAAGAUAUGAGAGUGCACUUGCGAAUGUCAACAUGCUGACCCCGUAGAUUAAUAUUCAAACCUUAUUCUGGAUGUUUGGGUCUGUACACGUUAAACAUUUUUAAAACGACCUGGUAAAGUUUUGAUCCUCAUUAUUAGAAGAUGGAAAUAGAUCAUAGUGAAGAGAAACAUUUGAUCACUGUACCCCACUUAUUAUUUACAGCAUACCAUGUUUACGGACUUAACAUUUUACCCAUUCAAAUAGGCAGGGGUGUUUGUGACUGGGAUAAAAGAGAACAUACAUGAGAAAUAGAUUUUUUACAACAAAUAUUGCGCAUUUAGUGAGAUAAAAAACUAAUUUCCCCUUUGAACAGUGUUCCUUACCAGUGGCCAAACUCCUGUAAAUGAUGUAUAAUACAGAUGUAAAUGUUUGUACAGUUACUGCCUGUAAGCCGACAUUAAUAAAGUAUGGAAAUUGUUUAUAGUUGAUUAUAUUAAAUUCAUAUUUGCAGCAAUUAUUUGUGCAAAUACUUCAAUGACAUCAUGCUGACAUACGGUUCUAUCCAUGUGAUGAUGUAAUAAAAAACAACUGUCUUUUGGACUCAAAUGA